CAAAUUUAAAAAUUGUAGGCACGAAGGAUUAUCGUCCCAUUGAAAAUUUGAAUUUUGAGCUCUACUGACAAAGUGGUUUGACAGACUAUAGGAACAUUUUUUGCAUAUUUUUUAAUAAUUACAUAAUAAAAUAAAAAUCUAUUUUUGUGUUGUAACAUACAUUUGAUACAAAAAAUUUAUGAACAUUAGAUAAAAUUAUCUGAUGAAUUUACGAUGCAAACAAAUACAAAAUACUAGUGCCUCAAACAUCAUCGUGUGACGUUUUGUUGAGUGCAUUUCUUUCUCUCCCUCCUCCAUUAACUUUAUUUUAUUUUUAUUGUAUUUGCAUUAUCGUCGCUUCAUUCCACUAUUUUCAAUUAUAAAAUUACUAUGCAUCGCUAUCAUAAGUAAUAUUCGUGACUAGAAAACACCAGAAAGCUUGUGUUUUCCAUAAAAUCACCGUCCGCGCAAAAAAUAUGGAUGGUCAGGACCAGAUGGAGAUGAAAUUCAGCGGAGGCAGUGAAGUUGGUGGGUUGGAGCUCUGCAUUGUCUGUGGAGAUAGAGCAUCUGGGAGGCAUUAUGGAGCCAUCAGUUGUGAAGGUUGCAAAGGCUUCUUCAAACGGAGCAUCCGCAAAAAGCUGGGCUACCAAUGUCGGGGCAGCAUGAACUGCGAGGUGACCAAACACCACCGUAACCGCUGCCAGUACUGCCGGCUGCAGAAAUGCCUCGCCUGCGGGAUGCGAAGUGACUCGGUCCAGCACGAGAGGAAGCCGAUCGUGGACAAGGUGAAGCCCGAGCGCGGCGAGGGUCUUCACGAGCGGCAGGCGUACUCUAAGCUGCUGGGAUUGGCUGGACAGCAGGGACAGAUAAAUCCAAAAGAAGAGCCGAGCGAAUUCGGCGCGGUGUCGCCCGCCGCGCCUGCGAUCAACUUCGCGCUCGCCGCCGCCGUCGCAUUCAACAAGGGGAACCCAGUGCCGGGCUACCUGGGCGCCGGCGAGCUGGAGGGCGCGCGGCGCCAGCAGCUGCUGCUGCAGACGCAGCUCGCCAAGAACCUCUUCAAGAUGGGGCAGUUUGGUGCUAUCAAUGAAUACCUGCAGUCGGCGUACGCGGCCCCGGAGGCGCCUCUCGCGCCGCAAGCUGAUGCUCCGCAACCAGAAGUGGUGGACCCUUCAGCGGUGCUAUCGACUCCAGAAUCGUUAACACUGCACAUGGCGCUCCCCGGCGGCGCGCCGCCGCACCUGCGGCUGCACGCGGCGUGCGAGGCGGGCGCGCGGCUGCUGGCCGCCGUCAGCCGCUGGCUGCUGGCGAUACCCGCUGCCAGGGCUCUACCAUUCGAGAUUCAAGUGACCCUGCUCAAGAAAUGCUGGCCCGAACUCUUCGUAUUAGGGCUGGCCAAAUUGUCGUCCGCAUUGCAGCUGACUGCAUUGCUGCCGCAAAUGGUCGCGCAUCUGCAGGCCGUGCUGCGAGAGCGAGCCGGCAAUGCUGAGUGCGAGCGAGAACGCGGCGCCGAGAUUACCACAGCGGACUAUUCCGAUGAGCGAGUAUCAGAAGUGAGCAGCAUGCUGACUCGCUUGCAACAAUACAUCGGCAAUAUGGAGCAACUGCGUGUGAGCGAGAGGGAACACGCGCAUCUUCGAGCGUUGUGCCUGUUCUCACCAGAUGGCGCCCCAGACUUCCUAACCAAGAAGCUCCGCGAGCUGCAGUCGUCCGUGCUGCGCUCCCUGCGCGCGCUGUGCGCGCCGGACGAGGAGCGCGGCGCCACGCUGCUGCUGCAGCUGCCCGUGCUGCGCGCCUUCACCGGGCCCUUCCUCGAGGACGUGUUCUUUGUGGGAUUCGUCGGCGACGUCAGCAUUGACGACGUCGUGCCGUAUUUACUCAACGCCGAGCGCUGAGGUAAUUCCAACGACAGCAACUUAACUGAGGUAAUUGUGUAUAGCCUAAACUUUUUAAAAGAAGUAUUUUUAUAUGGAUAUUGUAUAAGAUAUAAAACUUUCAGUAAAUAUUUGAAGAUUUUAAAUGUAUAAUGCUGUAAUAAAAUACAGUAAAAACUGUGUGAUUUCUAAUGGUGGAUAUUGCAAUAUAACAAAAUUUGUUUAAUGAAAUGUAUAAUUUUACAAAGAAAAUAUAACGAUUUUAAUAUUAUAAAGCUUUUACAGCAGAGUUAUUAACCUUUUAACUGCCGUAAUCUGAUAUAUAAGACAUUCCAGCUCAUUUCGCCGGAGUCUGAUAAAACAAAACUUCGUGUAACUUCGUACCGGCGGCGACACGAGCACGCUCGAUGAAAAAUUCUAAGCGGUUAAAAGGUUAAGGCUGAAUUUUAUCAAAUAAAAGUAAAAAAAUCGUGUUAUCCUUAAAUUUUUUAAUACCUGUAAAAAAAUUAUUUUAUAUUUUCGUUCUUUAAUUUGAGAAUAUUUGUUUGAAAUUUAAUUUGUGAAUGUUUAUGCAAUACAAAUUUACAGAUUGGUAGCUUAUAUGGUGGCUUUACAAAGGUCAAUGUGGGGAAGACCGUCUAAGAGCUCUUUCGUUAUAACUCUCGCGUUUGUACACAUACUCCACUUAAGCCCCAUUUGUGUUAUUCUCAAGCAAAAGGUAACAAAUUUUCGCUCGCGUAUAAAGAUACGAGCAAAUGUCGUCCUUAUGGUAAGCGACAAUGUGGUACCUUAUGUAUUUUAGUUACUAAACGUGUCUGAACACCAAAAAUUUAGUCGAGUAGAUUAGUAAGGGUGGUGGUAGGCUUACUCGCCAGAAAAUGGAUCCACUUGACUAAAUAACUGACUAAUCUACUCUUAAUAAAUUGGUGUUCAGACACGUUAUACUCACCACUCGACUAAAUUACUAACGUAGUCCGUUAGGCCUGAACGACGUACGUAUAGUACCAAUAGUUAUUGCACUGUGACGAUUUUCUCCACAAUAUAUUUUAUGGCCGGUCUUUGCCACAUCGACCUUCGGUCCAGUUUUUUUUUUAAAUAAAAAUGUGUAGUGGUCACAACGAUCUCGAGUAUGUUUACUUUAGACAUUGUAAUUUAAGUUUAAAUUUCGUCCAUUAGUAAGUGUAAGUUUUACAUUUAGUUUUAUUAUGAUUAUGAAUGUUUUAAUAAAAUUGUGAAAGUUUAUGACCUAAGUGCCUUAAUUUUAAAAGUAUUUGUAAUAAAGUGACUACUUUUA